ACCCUUUGAGGCCCCCCCUCUCGCCUUCAGCGAAGGGCCCCCUUUCGUUGCUGGAAUGGCUCGAACGGCAAUCGAAGCCCCGUGCCUCGUGAUCCUCCACAUUCUUGCCGUUUUCGCCGUGAGGCCGGGUCUCUCCGCUGAUUCGGGGGACGGGUUCUCGGGUGUCGUCGCCGCCGACAGCGACGUGCUCGGCUUCCACGGCGACUACACGCCGCCGUCGCCGCCCCCGCCGCCCGACCUGCCGCUCCCGCCCCCGUUGUCGUGCGAGGAUCUCGACGGGGUUGGCUCUAUCGAUUCGACCUGUGAGCUGAAUAAGACCUUAGAAUUCGGCGAUGAUGUGUAUAUCAAAGGUUUAGGGAAUUUAUAUGUACUUCCGGGUGUUCGUCUUAGCUGCCCAAUUAGGGGCUGCUUCAUAAUGGUUAAUAUAAGUGGCAAUUUUAGUCUAGGCCAAAAUGGGGUUAUUGUUGCUGGUACAGUGCAUGUGGUAGCUCAUAGUGUUGGUUUGAUUGAUGGGUCCCUGAUAAACGUUUCGGGAUUGGCCGGGGAGCCGCCGGCGGAGACGAGCGGCACACCCCAGGGUGUGCAGGGGGCGGGCGGCGGACAUGGUGGGAGAGGCGCGAAUUGUUUGACCGAUAAUGAGAAGCUCCCCGAUGAUGUGUGGGGCGGAGAUGCAUAUUCUUGGCGGUCUUUGGACAAGCCGUAUAGCUACGGGAGUAAGGGAGGGACCACCAGUAAGGAAGAGGAUUAUGGCGGGGAGGGAGGUGGGAGGAUUAAGUUCGAGGUGGAGAAUGAAAUCGAGGUCUCGGGGAGUCUUUUGGCAGAUGGAGGUGAUGGUGGUGUCAAGGGUGGAGGAGGCAGUGGUGGCAGCAUUUAUAUUCAGGCUCAUAGAAUGAUUGGAAGUGGCACUAUUAGUGCCGCAGGUGGCAGCGGUUUUGCUGGAGGUGGGGGCGGAAGAAUCUCGAUAAAUGUUUUCAGUAGACAUGAUGACACAGGAUACUUUGUCCACGGGGGAAGAAGUUUUGGUUGUUCUGAAAAUUCAGGCGCUUCUGGGACCUACUAUGAUGCUGUACCUCGGAGUCUUACUGUCAACAAUCACAACUUGUCCACUCAUACUGACACUCUUCUGCUAGAGUUCCCUAAACAGCCACUUUGGACAAAUGUUUAUAUUCAGAAUCAUGCUAAGGCUUGCCUUCCUCUGUAUUGGGGUCGCGUCCAGGUUCAAGGCCAACUUCAGUUGUCAUCUGGUGCUAUGCUGAGCUUUGGACUGGCACAUCUGGGCACAUCGGAAUUUGAGUUAAUGGCAGAAGAGCUUUUAAUGAGCGACUCUGUAAUGAAGAUUUAUGGAGCUCUUCGUAUGUCGGUCAAAAUGCACUUGAUGUGGAACUCCAAGAUGCUUAUUGAUGGUGGCCACGAUGCAAUUUUGGCAACAUCCUUGCUUGAGGCUAGCAAUCUUGUGGUUCUGAGGGAAUCAUCUGUAAUACAUUCAAAUGCAAAUCUAGGAGUUCAUGGACAAGGUUCCCUGAAUUUAUCAGGACCAGGCGAUCUCAUUGAGGCUCAACGCUUGGUUAUAUCAUUAUUCUACUGCAUCAGUGUUGGACCAGGGUCUACGUUGCGAGGUCCUUUGGAAACUGCCAGUGAUGAUGACUUGACUCCACGACUUUAUUGUGAGCUCCAGGAUUGUCCAAGAGAGUUACUACAUCCACCCGAAGACUGUAAUGUCAAUUCUUCAUUGUCAUUCACUCUUCAGAUCUGUCGAGUUGAAGAUAUAAUUGUUGAAGGAAGCAUUACAGGUUCUGUGCUUCAUUUUCACUGGGUCAGAACAGUACUUGUACACUCCACCGGAACAGUUAGUGUAUCUGGGCUUGGAUGCACGGGUGGAGUUGGUAGAGGUAAAAUUAUGGAUAAUGGGGUUGGUGGUGGCGGUGGGCAUGGUGGGAAAGGCGGGGAUGGAUAUCAUAAUGGGAGUUUUAUCUCAGGUGGGGUCACAUAUGGGAAUGCAGAAUUGCCUUGUGAGCUUGGUAGUGGUAGUGGGAAUGAUAGUCUUGCCGGUGCAACUGCUGGGGGUGGUAUCAUAGUAAUGGGUUCGCUGGAGCACUCAUUGUCAAGUCUGUCGAUUGAUGGUUCCAUUAGAGCAGAUGGGGAGAGUUUUGGAGAGCGUAUAAGAGAAACAGAUGGUAGGACCAUCUCAGAUGUAGGACCUGGAGGUGGAUCUGGUGGAACUAUUCUUCUGUUUAUUCAUGCGCUGGUCCUUGGUGACUCUUCUAUCAUCUCUACCGUCGGAGGACAUGGGAGUCCCAAUGGUGGUGGUGGUGGGGGUGGUGGGAGAGUACACUUUCACUGGUCAGGUAUUCCUGUUGGGGACGAAUAUUAUCCUAUAGCCAGUGUCAAAGGAAACAUCCAAAUGGGGGGAGGAUUUGGCAGAGGCCGUGGUUAUGCUGGUGAAAAUGGAACUAUUACAGGAAAGGCCUGCCCAAAGGGGCUUUAUGGUGUUUUUUGCAAGGAAUGCCCCGUGGGUACUUACAAGAAUGUAAGUGGAUCAAAUAGAGCCCUUUGUCAGGAUUGCUCACUUCACGAGCUUCCCCAUCGUGCAAUAUACAUGGCAGUGAGAGGCGGUGUGACAGAAACUCCUUGCCCUUACAAAUGUGUUUCGGAAAGAUUUCAUAUGCCAAAUUGUUAUACUGCACUUGAAGAGCUAAUAUACACUUUUGGUGGGCCAUGGUUAUUUAGUCUAAUUCUUCUGACUGUCCUCAUCCUGUUAGCUCUAGUCCUUAGUGUUGCACGGAUGAAGUAUGUUGGUGGUGAAGAAUCACCGGCCAUUGUUCCUCCUAGACGUAGUUCUCGAAUAGAUCACUCUUUCCCUUUUCUGGAGUCUCUAAAUGAGGUUAUGGAAACAAAUAGGAUCGAGGAAUCUCAAAGCCACGUUCACAGAAUGUACUUCAUGGGGGCAAAUACCUUUAGUGAACCUUGGCAUCUACCUCACUCUCCUCCUGAAGAAAUUAUAGAGAUCGUAUUCGAGGAUGCAUUUAACAGAUUUGUAGAUGAGAUUAAUAGUUUAGCUGCUUACCAAUGGUGGGAGGGAUCAGUCUACAGGAUUCUCUCUCUUCUUGCCUAUCCGCUGUCAUGGUCAUGGCUCCAGCGUUGUCGCAAAAACAAACUACAGCAACUUCGUGAAUUUGUUCGGUCAGAAUAUGAUCAUGCUUGCCUACGUUCUUGCCGUUCACGUGCUCUUUACGAGGGGAUUAAGGUGGCUGCAACAUCUGACCUAAUGCUUGGCUAUUUGGAUUUUUUCCUCGGUGGAGAUGAAAAGCGAGCUGAUCUUCCUCCUUCUCUGAAUCAAAGAUUUCCAAUGUCCUUGAUAUUCGGAGGAGAUGGGAGCUACAUGGCUCCUUUCUGCCUUCACAAUGAUAAUAUCCUCACUAGCCUCAUGAGCCAAGCAAUACCGCCUACAAUAUGGUAUCGAUUAGUGGCGGGUCUGAAUGCUCAGUUGCGAUUAGUGCGCCGUGGACAACUAAGAGUAACACUUGGUCGUUUUGUUAGCUGGCUUGAAACACAUGCAAACCCUACUUUAGUUACAUAUGACGUGCAUCUCAACCUAGCUUCCUUUCAGCCUACUGCUUCAGGAUAUUGCCAGUUUGGACUUAUAGCAUGUGCCGUUGAAUAUCAAAAUUUACCAUCAUCCAUUGAAGGUCAAGAUGGUUUGUUGCAACCUGAGCAGCAGCGACCAUGUUUGCCUCGAACUUACAGAGAUGAUCCAGUGGACCACUCGGUAGUGAAACAACCUCUAAUGACAUAUAGAAGGAUGUGUGGUGGUGUUCUACAUUCCAAAAGCCUGCGAACUUUCAAAGAGAAGAAGGCUGUGUAUUAUCCCCUAUCUUUUGUCAUCUAUAAUACUAAACCAGUUGGUCAUCAGGAUCUCGUCGGUUUGGUGGUCUCUAUGCUGCUGUUAGGAGACUUUAGCUUAGUAUUGCUUACUUUGCUGCAGCUCUACUCCAUUUCUCUGAUGGACUUCCUUUUAGCAUUGUCUAUACUCCCUCUUGCACUUCUUUAUCCUUUCCCGGCUGGAAUUAGUGCAUUAUUUAGUCAUGGACCAAGGCGAUCAGCCGGCCUGGCGCGUGUAUAUGCUUUAUGGAACAUCACGUCCUUGAUCAAUGUCGUAGUUGCUUUCAUUUGUGGAUUUCUUCAUUACAAGAACCACAGUGGAAAAAAGCAUUCGAACUCAAACUUUCAGUCCUGGAAUUUUAGUGCGGAUGAAAGUGAAUGGUGGAUGCUUCCUUCUGGGCUGGUGCUGUGCAAAAUCAUACAAGCUCGUCUCAUUGAUUGGCAUGUGGCUAACCAGGAAAUCCAAGAUCACUCCCUGUACAGCAACGAUCCCGAGGUGUUUUGGCAUUUCUAAUGUGCAUACUAAUCAGGUAUGGAUUAGCUGGGCAAGCGGGACUAUAAUUGUAUACAAUUUAUCUUUUUGUUUCCUUGGGGAUCUUCAGAUGUUUGUAAAGAGCAGGGUCUUUUUUAUUACCUUCUCUUUUAACUUAUAAAUGGUGGGGUUCAUGGGAGAAAGGAGUUCCAAGUCAUGCAGCAGCUCUUCAAUUACAAAGAUUCAAUCUGAUGUGUACCGUUCAUAAAUGAAAAGGUCAGAGCUCUCAAAGCUGCUCUUUCUAGAGGCCUUCUCUCUUCUGGGUUCAGCACAGGGUACAAGAUGUGAUGAUGUAGGAGCUUUGAGCUCCUCUAAUUCUAGUCAUUGCAAGCAAGGAUUAGUCAUGAGAUUUACAUGAGUUGUAAAGUAACUGUAAUCGUGUCAUAAGAUUCGCAUGAGUUGUAAAGUGAGUGUAAUCGUGUAAAGGGACUGUCAAUUCUUGGCUCUGGGAAAGCAUGUCAGCUUAGUUUUGGUUUUGUACUGAUCGCUACGUUGUCACUGCGCUAUUUGUUAUGUAUAUAAAGGAUCUCAUUGUUUAUGGAAGCAUAGAUUUGUUCUUCAUUUAUUGUUA